AUGAAUGACGAAAAUCAAUCCUUGCAACAAGAAGAAUUCCUUGCACUGACAUCAAUUUUUGGAACAGACUCAUUUAAAGUUAACAAUAUCGAUGAAUUAGAAGAAUUCAAAUCAUAUUCUUUUAAAUUAUCUUUAGAAAAUGAAUCUGCCUCCACCUCCCAAUCAAAUCGUUCAGAGAAUUCACUUACGUUGCAAUUCUAUCUUCCACAAGAUUAUCCCUCUUCGCAACCGACGUACGAAAUAACGAGUCUAUACUGUGGAACUUUAAAAAUUGAUAAUAAAUUAAGAAAUGAGAUUGACGAAAAAUUUAAAGAAUUGUUUGUUCCGGGUGAAGUAGUAUUGUUUGAAUGGAUCGAAUUUUUAAGAGAGUUUAUGCAGCAAAAACUUGAACAACAGCUUGAUAAAAAGAUACAAGAAGAAGAAAUUAAAGAAGAACUAAUGUUCGAUGAUAAAAUAAUAACAAAAGAGUAUAAAGAACAAAAAUUUUUAGAUGAAUCCACGGAUUUUUCCAUGAUAAAGUCAGGUGAACCAUUAGAACACAAGAAAUCUGUAUUUAUAGCUCAUUUGGCAUCAGUGCAUAACGUGCAAGAGGUGCAAAUUGUUAGGAAUACAUUAUUAUCAAAUAAAAAAGUUGCUAAGGCAACACAUAAUAUAAUGGCAUAUAGGAUUGUGCAAGAGAAUGGGGUGAUAUUACAAGAAACUGCAGCUGGUAGUAGGUUGCUUCAUUUAUUACAAAUUCUUGAUGUUAAAAAUGUAAUAGUAAUUGUUUCAAGGUGGUAUGGUGGUAUAAAACUGGGACCAGAUCGGUUUAAAGACAUAAACAAUUGCGCGAGAGAUUUACUUGAUAAAUAUGGAUAUAUACAGAAUAGUAGUAACAUCAAUCAAUCUGUACAUGUUUUGUCAAAUGACAAAA